AUGCCUGAGUCUCCAGACCAUCACCAGCGCUUCUUUGGAUACCCCAAGCCCAUCAAAGGUCCAACAAUCCCAUACAAGAAAGCCGAAGAUGCCAAUCCAGUCAUUCGAGGAACCCUCCUUGUAGUAGGAGCAUGGCUUGUAUCCAAACUCGGCUUUGUUCAAAAUUUCCUAUGGAAUAAUGCUGGCUUCGAUCGCCUUCGCACACUUGAUCUCAAUGCAUAUACAGAGCGAUGGGAUCCUACCGUCAUCCCCAUUGGAAACCACCAGAAUGCAACAGGUGAGAGCAAGGGAUUAGACUUUGAAUCUAUCCCAAAGCUGCCGAAAGACAUCGCUGGAAGAUACCACUCUAUCACAGACUACCACGCCAAAUACCUAUCUGGUGAACUCACACCUCUGGCUGUAGCUGAAUCUCUGCUGCCCCUCAUCCGCCGAGAUGUAGAGCCUCGAUCUCACCAUGCAACGAGUUUUAUCUCUACCAAUGUCGAUAUGGUUCUCGCAGCUGCCAAAGCUUCCACCGAGCGUUAUAAGGCUGGCAAACCACUCAACAUCAUAGACGGCGUCCCAGUAGCGGUGAAAGACGAAUGCGACGUCGCUGGCUACCGCAGCACCUAUGGCCGCAAGGCAAAUGAUGCCGUGUUUAAAAUAGCAGAAGCUUCUUCGUGGCCUGUGCAGAAACUUGUGGAUGGCGGCGCGGUGAUAUUAGGGAAGACGAACAUGCAUGAACUUGGUGCCGACACUACAAACAACAACCCCAACUGGGGCACCCCUCUCAACCCACAUAACGACAUGUACUACACCGGAGGGUCUUCAGGUGGCUCUGCAUAUGCCGUUGCUGCUGGUUUAGUGCCAAUUGCCAUUGGUGCCGAUGGAGGUGGGAGUGUUCGGAUUCCAUCAAGCUUUUGUGGUGUUUACGGGCUGAAGCCUAGUCAUUCACGGUUCGAGGAUACAGGAAGUACUGUUACUGUGACUGGCCCCCUUGCAGCUAGCAUGGCGGAUCUGGAAGUCUCGUACCGUAUCAUGGGCGUGCCUAAUCCAUCUGAUCCUACUUGCUCUUUAUUCACAGCACCGACUUCAGUCUCACUCUCUCCAUCGAAGCCCAAAGUAAUUGGAAUAUGCAAGCCAUGGUAUGACCGCGCAGACCCCUCCGUCAAGGCACUAUGUGACAAGACUAUCGACUACCUGCAACAGAAACAAGGAUAUGAAGUAAUCGACAUAGAGCUCCCUUGCCUCCCCGAAGGUCAAUUCGCACACAGUAGCACCAUUCUCGCCGAGUUGGCCGUCCGAGCACGAAAUCAAGUAGUGGGAUCUGACAAGGAAAACUACCUCUCCGAUAUCAGCCCGGCCACGAAAAUAUUACUAGCAGUAGGAGCACAAACCCCGGCACAAGAUUACAUCCUCGCCCAGCAAUUGAGAAAGCUACUCAUGCAGCACCUCGCCUUCCUCUACCAAAAACACCCCGGUCUCUUAAUCGUCACGCCCACAUCCCCCAAAUCUGGAUAUCCCAUCGCCAAACCCGAAGACCUCACGCACGGCGUCACAGAUGGCAAUUCAGCAAUCCGCAAUAUGGAAUACGUCUGGCUGGCUAAUUUCUGCGGGAACCCCGCAAUCAGCGUGCCUAUUGGCUACGCUGACCCCAUUCAAGGAACCGGAAAAGUGCCGAUUGGACUUAUGGCCAUGGGGGAAUGGGGCGCGGAAGAGCAAUUGCUGACGUGGGGCUACGAGGCCGAAAGUUACUUGAACGAAGUCUAUGAUGGGAAGCGGCAGAGGCCUUCUAAUUGGUUUGAUGUGUUUAGUGGGGUGAAGGAGUAG